CAGCACCCAGAAUGGCAAAGUCCGAGCCCUGCCCCUUGGAAGUGCCCCUGGAUGACAGGUCCUUGGGGCAAACUCUGUCGUGAAGUAAAUGGAGUUUCCAGAGGCCGGACGUUACAGGGAAACGAGAACUCGGUGGUCUUUGAGGAUGUGGCCGUGGACUUCACUCUGGAGGAGUGGGCUUUACUGGAUUCUGCUCAGAGGGAGCUCUACAGAGAUGUGAUGCUGGAAAACUUCAGAAACCUGGCCUCAGUGGAUGAUGAGACUCAAUUUAAGGCCAAUGGGUCAGUUUCUCAGCAGGAUAUUUAUGGGAAUAAAAUAUCCAAGGAGCAUAAAAUAUCAAAGUUCACUGGAAAUGAUUCCUUGGCCUCCGUCUUAGGAAAAAUUUGGGAAGAACUCAGCCUUGAAGAUCAGCACAUAGAUCAAGGGAGAUAUCUGAGAAAUCAUGUGGUGGAGAGACUCCAUGAAAGUAAUGAUCAAUGUGGGGAUGGCUUCAUUCAGACUCCAAAUCUUAACCUGUACCAGAAAACUCUUACUGGAGUAAAAAGGUAUGAAUGCAGUACAGAUGGAAAAGUCUUCACGCAUCACUCAUCCCUCAAGAGUCACAUCACUGUUUGCACUGGACACAAACCGUAUCAGUGUCAGGAAUGUGGGCAGGCCUAUAGUUGUCGUUCACACCUAAGGACGCAUGUGAGAACCCACAGUGGAGAGAGACCCUAUGUGUGUAAGUUAUGUGGAAAAACUUUUCCUCGUACUUCUUCCCUCAACCGGCAUAUAAGGAUUCAUACUGCGGAGAAAAGCUAUGAAUGUCAGCAAUGUGGGAAAGCCUUCAUUGAUUUUUCAAGUCUUACUAGUCAUGUGAGAACUCAUACUGGAGAGAAGCCAUAUAAAUGUAAGGAAUGUGGGAAAGCUUUCAGUUAUUCCUCAACUUUUCGAAGACACAUGAUAACACACACUGGAGAGAAGCCCUAUAAAUGUAUGGAAUGUGGGGAAGCCUUCAGUUAUUCCUCAACUUUUCGAAGACACAUGAUAUCACACACUGGGGAGACACCACAUAAAUGUAAGGAAUGUGGGGAAGCCUUCAGUUAUUCCUCGGCUUUUCGAAGGCACAUGAUAACACACACGGGAGAGAAGCCCUAUGAAUGUAAACAGUGUGGGAAAACCUUCAUUUAUCUCCAAUCCUUUCGAAGGCAUGAAAGGAUUCACACUGGAGAGAAACCCUAUGAAUGCAAGCAAUGUGGAAAAGCCUUCAUUUAUCCCCAGUCAUUUCGAAGGCAUGAAAGGACGCAUGGUGGAGAAAAACCCUAUGAAUGUAACCAGUGUGGCAAGGCAUUCAGCCACCCCUCAUCCUUUCGAGGACACAUGAGAGUGCACACUGGAGAGAAACCUUACGAGUGCAGGCAGUGUGGAAAAACUUUCAACUGGCCCAUAUCCUUGCGAAAACAUACGAGAACACACACUAAAGAGAAACCCUACGAAUGUAAGCAAUGUGGGAAAGCCUUUAGUUUGUCUGCUUGCUGUCAAGAGCACGUGAGAAUGCAUCCUGGAGAUAAUUCAUAUGAAUGCAAGCUCUGUGGGAAAGCUUUCAGUUGCCACAUCUCCUUACAAAGACACAUGAGAAGGCACACUGCCGAGAAGCUUUAUGAAUGCCAGCAAUGUGGGAAAGCCUUCAGCUGGCCUGAACUUUUGCAACAGCACGUGAGGACACACACUGCAGAGAAACCUUACGAAUGUAAGGAAUGUGGUAAAGUCUUCAAAUGGCCCUCAUCUUUACCAAUACAUAUGAGAAUGCACACUGGAGAGAAACCAUAUGAAUGUAAGCAGUGUGGGAAGGCCUUCAGUUUCCUCAUCCUUAAGAAGACAUGUGAGGAUACAUACUACCAAGAAACACUACAUAUGUAAAUCGGGAAAUCCUCCUGCAAAUGAAUUCAUGCACAGUGCUUCAGAAAAUUCACAUCAGGAGAGAAAUCUUACAAAAGUUGUAAACCUGGUAUUGCCUUUUUGAGUCCUUCAUCUCUAAAGUGGACCCAUAGGGAGUGUAUUUCCAGUUCUUUUGCAAAUAAACAUUUAGAUGAAAAUUAACUGUUGAAGUACUCUUUUGGCUACAGUACAUAAAUUUUGCAGGAAGUGUUUUUUCUUAUGUUUUAGGAAAUAAAACAUUUAU